UGAGGACUAUGGUGGGAUCACAUCGAUCAGAGUUCCAUCUGAGACUAUCUGGUUGCCCGACAUUGUGCUCUACGAGAAUGCAGACGGGCGGUUCGAGGGCUCCCUGAUGACCAAAGCCAUCGUUAAGUCCAACGGUAGAAUCACGUGGACCCCUCCGGCCAGCUACAAGUCGGCCUGCACCAUGGACGUCACCUUCUUCCCCUUCGACAGACAGAACUGCUCCAUGAAGUUUGGCUCCUGGACCUACGAUGGUAACAUGGUGGACAUGAUCCUGUUAGACGACUAUGUCGACAGGAAGGACUUCUUCGACAACGGCGAGUGGGAGAUCCUGAACGCCACGGGGGCCAGAGGAAACCGGCGAGACGGGUUGUAUUCCUUCCCCUUUAUAACGUACUCGUUCAUUCUGAAACGUCUCCCGCUGUUCUAUACACUGUUUCUCAUUAUCCCGUGCCUCGGUUUGUCGUUCCUGACCGUGCUGGUGUUUUAUCUGCCAUCGGAUGAAGGGGAGAAGCUCUCUCUCUCCACCUCCGUCCUUGUGUCUCUCACUGUGUUCCUCCUGGUCAUAGAAGAGAUCAUCCCGUCUUCCUCCAAGGUCAUCCCUCUCAUCGGGGAGUACCUCCUCUUCAUCAUGAUCUUCGUCACCCUCUCCAUCAUCGUCACGGUGUUUGUCAUCAACGUGCACCACCGGUCCUCAGCCACCUACCAUCCCAUGUCCCCCUGGGUUCGCUCCCUCUUCCUUCAGAGGCUACCUCGGAUGCUGUGUAUGCGGGGCCACACUGACCGGUACCACUACCCCGAGCUGGCGCCGGAGAGUCCUGAGCUGAAUCCCUGGUCUGGGGGCCGGAGAGGGGGUCAGAGGAGCAGCGGGGCCCAUGGACAGAGUCCUCUGGAGGGGAAGGAAGAUGAGAGUCAAGCCUGGGUCACCAUGCUGGAGAGAGCUACGUACUCCGUGCGUUACAUCAGCUGCCAUAUACGCAAGGAACACUUUAUCAGAGAGGUGGUCCAGGACUGGAAGUUUGUGGCUCAGGUUCUGGACAGGAUCUUCCUGUGGGCCUUCCUCACUGUGUCGGUCCUAGGGACCAUCCUGAUCUUCACCCCUGCCCUGCAGAUAUUCCUUAGUACCCCUCCCCAGUCAGGACCCAGCAACCCCCAUUAACUCACCCCCCCCCCAGUCCAGACCUAGCAUCCCCCUCCAACUCGGCACCCAGUCCAGGCUCUCUACCUGAGCUUUUCAGCCAACUGGCCAUAGUCAGCACAGCCAACCCCCUACGGUGGAGCUAUGCCCUGACCUCCCGUGCCACACCUUGAGUCAGAAUUAGCACAUCACCAUGCUAGAGCAGUUCUGCUAUAGAUCUUUUAUCCGUGUUUACAUAUUACAUGGUCUUUGUGACAGAGUUCACUCAAUGUACAGAAGAUGAAUAACAAAGCUAAUUAGAAAGGUGUUCAAAAUUUGUAUCAAAUCCACGAUAGUAUGUACAGUAAUCUAGAAUUCUGAAGCACAAACAUUGACUGAAAUAUUUUGAAUUAGUGUAAAAUGUGCAAUAUAUUCUCUGUGGUUACUGUAGAUACCAACAACAUACUUAGUUCUUCUCAUUAUACUCCUCAAAACCGUUAUCGUCAGACCCAAAUAUUGUGAUAUUAGUUAUUGUAAGUUUGUCUGUGAGUGGAAUGGUAGCGGCAUCCAGGCCGCUCUGAUUGGACGAUCAGUGUUCUAUUUGUGGUGAUUCGGGGCGGCAGGUAGAUGAGUGGUUAGAGUGAAUCCCCGAGCUGACAAGGUAAAAAUCUGUCGUUCUGCCCCUGAACAAGGCAGUUAACCCACUGUUCCUAGGCCAUCAUUGAAAUAGGAAUUUGUUCAUAACUGACUUGCCUAAUAAAAUUAAAAUAAAUUGUAGAGGGUCCUCAUUAGCUAGGAAUUGUUGUGAGUUCUGUUUUUUGUUCUGGCUGUUGUGACCUUUGACUUUUAUUUCACACUUGUUUGGGCACUCCAUCAACUAGUUAAUUUAAAUAAAUUAUUAUUCAGGUACAAUGACUAUAGUCCCCCCAAAAAUUCCUCCGUCGAUGUCCAGCCACUUUUGUGAUUACUGUUAAGGAGUAUGAUGGGUAACACAGUGAAUCAGACUCUACAAACCAUCGUUCUGAUAUCCUGAUGUACAUCAAAUCAUC